CCAUGCUGAUUGGUUGGGGAAUUUGUUGAUUGUUUGAUUCUUAAUUGUGUAAUUACAAUUUAAUUUGUACACUUUUGCCUGUUAAUUGUAUAUUUCCUUUAGUCGGAAAAUAAUUUAGUGUUAAAUUUGUUUAAAUUGUUGUUUCUCUCUGUUGUCUAUUAAUCGAGCUGAUUGAUCAUCAUGCCUUCUGAUAGUAAAAAGAAACGUGAAGCCAAGAAAAAGGAACAAGCCAAAGCAAGAGAUGUAACCAAAAAAGAGACACCAAAAGAUUCAACUAAUGGGGUGAAAAAUUGUGGUAAAGGUGAUGCCGAAGAUGAACUGGUCGCGAAAAUGGAAAGAGAUUUGGACAUUAAUGCUGAAUUUCGAUCAUGUACUGGUGUCCUUGGAGUUCAUCCUCGAUCAAGGGAUAUCAAGAUUGAUAAUUUCUCAUUAACUUUUCAUGGAUGUGAAAUGUUAACUGAUACUAAAUUAGAACUUAAUUGUGGUCGUCGUUAUGGUCUGAUUGGUCUUAAUGGUUCUGGUAAAAGUACUCUACUAUCAGCUAUUGGAAAAAGAGAGAUUCCAAUUCCUGAUCAAAUUGAUAUUUAUCAUUUAACUCGUGAAAUUCCGCCUUCCAAUAAAUCGGCUUUGGAAGCUGUUCUAGAUGUCGACCAAGAGAGAGCCAGACUAGAAAAAUUAGCUGAAGAACUUGUUCAAAAUGAUGACGAACAAUCUCAGGAUCAAUUAAUGGACAUUUAUGAAAGAUUGGAUGAAAUUGGUGCUGACAAAGCUCAAGCAAAAGCUGCUUACAUCCUCCAUGGUUUAGGAUUCACUGCAGAAAUGCAAGCUAAAGCAUGUAAAGAUUUUUCUGGAGGUUGGAGAAUGAGAAUCGCUUUAGCCAGAGCUUUAUAUGUUAAGCCUCAUCUUUUACUACUCGAUGAGCCAACAAAUCAUCUUGAUUUAGAUGCUUGUGUCUGGUUAGAAGAAGAAUUGAAAAAUUAUAAAAGAAUCUUAGUUAUGGUUUCCCACUCUCAGGACUUCAUGAAUGGUAUUUGUACCAAUAUAAUUCAUCUUUAUAAUGGAAAGUUACACUAUUAUGGUGGUAAUUACGAUGCUUUUGUUAAAACUAGACUUGAAUUAUUGGAAAAUCAAGCUAAAAGAUACAAUUGGGAACAAUCUCAAAUAUCACACAUGAAAGAAUAUAUUGCUCGUUUUGGUCAUGGUAGUGCUAAACUUGCUCGUCAAGCUCAGAGUAAAGAAAAAACUUUGGCUAAAAUGGUCGCUGGAGGUUUAACAGAAAAAGUAGUUUCCGACAAAACUUUGACCUUUUAUUUUCCCUCCUGUGGUGGAAUACCUCCUCCUGUGAUAAUGGUGCAAAACGUUUCCUUCCGUUAUAAGGAUGAUGGUCCAUUGAUUUACAAAAAUCUUGAGUUUGGUGUUGAUCUUGACUCGAGAAUUGCAUUAGUUGGCCCCAAUGGGGCUGGUAAAUCAACUCUAUUGAAACUUAUCUAUGGUGAAUUAGUCCCAACUGAUGGUCUUGUUAGGAAAAAUUCUCACCUUCGCCUAGGGCGUUAUCAUCAACAUCUCCAUGAAUUGUUAGACUUGGAUGUAUCAGCUUUAGAUUACAUGAUGAGAGCUUUUCCCGAUGUUAAAGAACGUGAAGAAAUGAGAAAAAUUAUUGGUCGCUAUGGUUUAACAGGUCGACAGCAAAUUUGUCCAAUCAGACAAUUAUCUGAUGGUCAACGAUGUCGAGUUGUUUUUGCUUGGCUUGCAUGGCAAGUACCUCACAUGCUACUUCUAGACGAACCUACUAAUCACUUGGAUAUUGAAACAAUUGAUGCUCUUGCUGAUGCAAUCAACGAUUUCGAUGGAGGUUUGAUGCUCGUUAGUCACGACUUUAGACUUAUCAGUCAGGUUGCAAAAGAAAUUUGGAUUUGUGAAAAUCAAACAAUCACCAAAUGGGGAAAGGAUAUUUUAGCUUACAAGAAUCUUCUUAAGAAGCGAAUUAUGAAAGAAAAUGCCAAGCCCGAAUGAUGAACAUGAUUCUAACUAUAAUUCUUAUCAAUAAAUUGUUCAUUCGUAAUUUUCUGUUUUCUACCCAAAACAAAAUCAUUGGAGUUUCAAGAUACGUGCAAUAUCAAUUUUCUACAACUCUGAUGUUGAUAACUUUUGCUAUCUCAUGACGAAUCUAUUGGAAUCUUUUUGUAUCUCAAUGAACCGAAUACUUUAAACGUCGACUUAUACAGAUAAACGAUUUGAACUUUCCAA